CGAGAACCCAGCGGUCGGUGCUGCCCGCCGAAUACGGCUGGCUCUAGAGGAGGGUCUCGUCCAUAGGCGACUGCAACUUCGCAGCGCAGCAGACGUGGAUUUAGAUCGUUUACGCAGAGGCGGGUCUCCAGAAAACGUUAGACUGCGGUUUCCUGCGGUAGUGCAAAAAGCGGCACUCACAGCAUUUCGGAAGCUUGUAGUGGAGCCACGGAGCGGCAAAAGAACGACCGGAGAUGCGGAGGGAGGCUGCUCCUCUGCCGACGAGCAGGAAGCCGCAGAGAGCCAGGACGGAGCAGUCGCAGUUAAGAGUUCGUCCAAGCGCAAGAUUCCAAGUUUAGCAAGCCGCUUCGCGAUGACGCAGCAGCGUGAGAAAGAGGCCGCCGAGGAAGAGGGCGUGACGGCAGAACGCCGCGAUGAAAUUGCGACAGCGGAGACCAAAUUUUUUCAGAAAGAAGGCAGGCUGCAGCAAUUAAAGGCGGAACGCGGGCUCGCCCUCGAAGAUCCAGUGAACAUUCAGAGGCUAAAAGACGAAGAAGUGGAGGACACUGAUGACGAAGAGGAGCUACUUGCGUGGCAGGACCGAGUGAAGAAGGCACAGCGGGGCUUCGACCACUAUCGUCGCGUAUUAGGGCGGGAGCAGAAGGCACAUCCCGCGUGGAUGGCAGCGCGUGCCGAGUUGGAGACGCUGAGAAUAGAGGUAGAUGAGGUGACAGCAGAGUUCUUUUCGGUUGUGCACGACACCUCCGAGUCGACAGGCGCGGUGGCGGCAGGCGGGUCUUCGCAGUUCGAUGGCAAGGGAAGCGUGAUUCCAUUGGCGCAGUUGCAAAAUAUUGAAGCACUGUACGACGUGGCAGGAUCUUUCGAAAACGUCCUGCACGAAUGCUGGAAGCUAGCGUCACUGCUUAUGGUGCAGGAGCGCAGGAGGGUGACACUCUACAGCGAACUGCAGCGGCUGCUCGAAGGGCGACAUGAGAGCUGGCGAGACCGUGACCUUCUCCUCGCUGCUGAUACAGAAAAGACUCAGCUGGCGGCUUUGCGUAAGAGGUUUCGCGAAAUCGCGAUUUUGCCGUUUUUGUUUGAUGCGUGUUCGACUGGAACGCCACCGCUUGGAGCAAACUUUGCAUUGAACGUGGAACCAAUCUGCUUGAAAGAGGCGCCGGAAAUUGAGCUUUGCGAGCCGCCGGUUAUGCAACCAUUUUCCGGAAAGAGCAAAGCCUCUGCUAAACUGCGUCUGGAAGAAGAGAAAGCGCCGGAUCUGAUGCACCAGACGGAUGGAACCCAAGGACGCACUCCUCGGGCGGCUGGCUUGCAGAUACCCUUCGCGCUGGAACCCCCGAGUACCGGCACAGACCUGCCGCGCGGCGGUUUCGACCGUAUUGGCACGGGUGGCAUCGUCACUUCGGCCUACGAUGCCAUCAUUGCCAACGAUCUGCAUCACCCUCAGGAUUGGGCGGAGCGCGAACGGGCGACUGCGCUGAGCUCCUCGUCGUUACCCGCACAGGAUCCCGCGUGCGAAAUAGGCAGGAUUCCUUCGAAGCUCUUAGAGGCAACUGAGGCCUACUGCCAAAAGAUAGAGGACAGGUCCACUCGGGUUCGAUGGUUCAAUCAAACGGGUGUGGCCGAUGUGGAUGAGGAUGACCAGGACUCGGGCAAGGCUGGAGCAGAGGGGGACGCUGUUAGCGCGGAAGCUCCUGGAACUGCGGCUGCUGCGGUUUCCUCAUGCAGCCGACAAGCCGAGCGUCGAGAAAAGAACAUGCAAGUGGACAAAACGAAAACGACAGCUGCGGACAAAACGAAAACGCCAGUGGACAAAACGAAAACGACCGCAACUGCGGGCAACGAACAGGUAACAACGGCUGACGUAAGUAGUAGUAAGCCUCCUCCUGCACCUUCCGCUCGCGCUUCUCCACCUUUGGCUGCUUCAUCUGGUCAUCGAGAGCAGCAACUAGGCACGAAGCCAUCCCCUCAAGCUGCACCAGCAGCGGGAUCAACUACAGCUUUGUCUUACGCUGGGGCGCGUGGAGCGACAGGAAAGAACACGGCAAUACCCUAUGGUGCAGAGAACAGGUCAGCAGUGGGACAACACGCGGCAUCGUCGUCCAGCCCAGGGACUUGGCAGCCGGGUUCUACUUUCGUCCCGGGCAGUGCCUCAGCAGCUUCCGCGGCGUCAUAUAUGUCCUCAACAGGAAAAGGCAAGAAGCACGGCUCUUUUGGGGCAUCGUCGAUGGCAGGACACACUAUGCGAGGGGGCGGGGACUUCUACGAACAUGGGUACAGGAUAAAUCCGAAGCCACGCGAUGUGCCGCCUCCAUGGGCACAGCAAGGGAGUGCCACGUCGUAUCCACAUGGUGCCACUUCAUACAGCAGCUUUUCGGCUCCGAACGCUGCAGGAGCUGGCUAUCUUGCACAACAAGGUGGUACUGGAUAUCACCAGCAGCAAUCAUACAUGGGACAGCAAGGCGGUUCACAGCACUACCAGGGGGCAGGGCAACCCGGGGCCCACGGACCUUACUUGGACGGAUCUAGGCGCGGCUCCAUGGACGACCCGACGCCAGGUACGCAUAAGGGCGGCUACCAGCAGCACGGGGCACCAAGCUCGUGGGCUUCAUGGCAAGGUGCUAACACGCCUGCUAGUGGUGCGGGACUAUCUUCCCAGGGUUACGCAAGCUUGCAAACGUCAGGUUUGCUUGCUGGGGAUUUGACUGGAGCAAGCACGCCACAUGCCACCACCGGACAGUAUCCAGGACAAUACCCGCAGCAUAGCGGGUACCCACAUGGGGGCCCUAAUACAACUCAUACCCCGACUAGCACAGGUGGGCUCUCCCUGCAGAAUCACGGUAGUUCGACAGCGGAUCCUUACAACAUGACCAAUAACACCACGGGAGGUACUGCGGCUUCAAGUACUACUGCAGUUCCGGCAAACGGGGGGCUCUUCUGGUACACAGUUCCCGAGACCGGAAGGUGUGGCGUGGCUCGAUCCGACCAAAUACCUCCAGGCGCGAAAAUCCUCACUUCUCCCCAGGAAGUGUCGAACGCUCGAGGGCAGCAGCAAUCCACCUCUACGAAGUCAACGUCUGGCAUGGCCGCGCACGCAGCACCCUUCGUACCGCAGGCUAAUAAGCAUGGCGCAUCUUCAUUGACAUUUCAAGCACAGCGGCAAGGAACACAGCAAGGAUCGCCGCCGCCAAGUGACAAGCAGCACUACGUGCGAACAGGAACAACGUCCAAUAAGGAAAGUGGCCC